AUGUGUAAAAUAAUACGGGUGGUCCGCAUCGUUAUUGUUCUUGUGCACACAGCAAUAGUCUCAGCACAACUUCUACUAAGCCCAAACAGUGCCCCAUCUACAGUCAGCAGGUGGCGUCUCUCCAGCUUACCCACACCUCGUUACAUCACAUCCAAAUCUCGGCUGCCAACAAGCCACAAUUGCCUCCCUGGGCAAAGGCAACCCAGCAAGUGGCCGAGACAUCGGAGUCGGCAAGCCGAAGCGAUUUUGACACCAAGGCUUUCUCGCGACAACGCAUUGACGCCACUAUGCGACCCUGGGCUGCGGCUUAAGUUGCGGCGCUUGGAUUGUGCCGAUAGGGCUGGAUUUUGGCGUAGUUGCUGUUUUAGGUGCGGACUUUUCGUGGGCCUGGAGGAGGUGCAUGAGAUAUCCUCGUCCGCUGGGGCGGGGACUUGGGUUGUAGAGGUGAGUCUUCGGCAUGAAGGCUAUUGGAAAGGCAGUACGUGCUAG